CUUGAGCAGUGAGCUGUGUCGGGCAUUCAGCGGCUGUAGUCCACUGAAGUCUUUUAACGAGUAUUGAAGCAGUUAUAUGAAAGCUCCAAAGCAAACAUACGAGUGACUGCAAAGAAUACAUUCAACCAGCUAGUGAAAGUGUCAGACUUAUGUGAUCUUAGAUGUAAUCUUAUAACGUGUAACGAACAAAAAAACAUUACUGCAAAACUUUUGGCAAUAAUGCAUUCGUGAUUUAGGCAAAUUUAUUUUUUGUGGCCUUUAAAAACAAAUGAUAGUACUGUGUUGUGUUUAAUAAUGUACUCAUCAUAAAGUACCAAAUUUCUUGUUUCUAUUUUUUUUGGAGUAAAGCUUUUUUUUAACUUUUGUUAAAUUUUAAAAAAUUUGAAGUGCAAAAAAUAUUGAUACUGACAUGUCUAUGAAGAAAGAAUCUCCUUGGGAUGUUGAAUUACAUCUUGCUGCAGCACGAGGUGACGCAAAACGUCUGCAAAUUCUCCUGGACUCCGGACGCGUCCACGUUGAUUGCAAAGACAAGGACGGGACAACCCCACUGAUAUUAGCGGCUGCUGGGGGCCAUAUUGAGGCCGUUACUGAGCUACUUCAACAAGGGGCGGAUCCUAAUGCCAAAAGGCUGACUGGAACAACUUCGCUGUUUUUUGCUGCACAGGGUGGAUUUGUAGACAUUGUUACGCUUCUUAUAGAACAUGGAGCAACAGUAGACUCAUGUAGUAUUGAUGGAGGAACUCCUUUAUUUGUUGCCUGUCAAUGUGGUCACUUAGACGUCGUAGAAGAGUUGAUAGAAAAAGGUGCAAAUGUUAAUGCACACAUGAAGGAUGGAGCAACAGCGUUAUUUAUAGCAGCACAAAAUGGUCAUGUACGCAUUUUAGAGGUAUUACUAGGACAAGCAGCAAAAAUUGACUCUGCCAGGACAGAUGGAGCUACGCCCCUUUGGAUUGCCGCUCAAAUGGGCCAUGAUCAUGUAGUAAGAAGACUCCUGAAGGCCGGAGCCAAGGUCGAUGCUACCAGACACGACGGAGCAACACCACUUUUUAAAGCUGCUCAUAAAGGCCACACUGCGGUCAUUGGAGAACUAUUGAAGUAUCGACCAUCUCUUGGCAUUUUACCUAACGGUGAAAGUGCACUUCAUGCUGCAGCCUUGACUGGGCACAUGACAGUUGCAAGGCAAUUGGUAGGAGCUGGCGCCGAUCCUCUGCUAGUAAAUCAAGAAGGACUUACACCGCUCCAGCUCGCAAUCAGACAUUCUCAAACCCAGGUCGCCAAUUACCUCAAGGAUAAAGUGAGAGCAAGAACUGCAUCACGUUGAUAUACCAUAAGUAUAAAGUAAAGAUGUGAGAUGUUAAAGUUGUCCGAUAGGGUUCUCCUUGCCUUUUAUUAUUCGUUGUUGUUGAUCGAAACUGGUUUUUAUACCAGUUAUACUUCAAUAAGAGAUCCUGAAACAAAUCAGUAUUUCUUAAAAAUUAUUGCAAUAAUUUUAUACACACUGAAUCUAACGGAGUAUGAUAAAUUAUAAUAAUUUAAAAUAAUAUCCAAUUGAAUCAAUAAUAUUUUUCAAUACUUGUAGAUAUAAACACUUACACAUAAGUAAAGUAACUAAAUAUAACUUGUUUUUCAUGAUCCGUGAGGAUCCAUGGCCGGGUGUUGCAUUAUUUUGUACAUAAAGUAAUAGGAAACUAAAAAUGAGGAAAUUUAAAAUUACAGUUAAAUAACUAAUAAAUUUAAUAUAGUUUUUGUACUCAAUUUUUUCUAGGAUAUCAAAGAGUUUAAAAAUAUUUAUUGUCAUAACUUGAAAAUAAUUCAGGAGAAUAUUUUUGUUAUUUAUUUUAUAAUUCAUUUAGUUUCUUAAAAAUUAGCAGUGGCUAACUCGUGAUAAUUUCUUUGUGUAUAUCUUUAAUGCAGUAUUUGUUAAAAAAUGAAUUUAUAUUGUGUCUAACAAGACACUAGUCAAUACAAUUAUAAUUCUGUGUAAUUAAACAAUGAAUUGUAUAAAAAAAAAUUGAAAUGAUUUAUUUUAUUGUAUUAUAAUUAUCAGAGAAUUUAUUAAAAUGAAUUGGAGAUUAAUUUCAUCAAAAAUUGUCAAUAUAUACUGCAUUAAGGAGAGUUAAUUUGUCUUAUAAUUAUAUUACCGUCCAUGAUUUAUGAAGGAAAACUUACAUUUUUGUCAGUCUUAUGAAUUAAAAUGAACGAAAAAGAGGAGGAACUUAAAAAAAAGACUGACUAAUUUGCCUUGAAAUGCAUUCAACAUUUAAAGAAAUGCAAAUAGUAUAAUUAAUAAAUUAAUUACUAAUAAAAAUAUGUAUAAAUUAUUUCUCAAUGUAGCUAUAAAUGAGAUAAUCAUGAAUCUCAAUCAAGAUUCUGUUAUUUAAGUUAAUUGAAACAUAGUUAAGCAUUAUACUGCAAAUGAAAAUAUGUAAUAUAUUUGAAUAUCAAUUUCAAUUAAUGUAAAAAAUGUUUCCAAAAUAACAUACCAUUCCUUCCACAAUGACAAAAAUAUAUAUUUUCUCAUAUAGUCUUCCUCAACUCACAACUAUUCUUGCAUAAUAACAUACUAUAACAGUUAAUUAAUUUAGAAAUUUGUUAUUGUUACAAGAUGUACUGAAGAAAAAAACCAAUA